AAAAGAAAUAUAUUUGCAAAACGUUUACAAGCAAUUGGUACCGUUCCAUGGAAAACCUCUGGGUGUCGCUGUAGGUCAAAAAAGUGAGAGAAGAAGCUCUUGGGAGCCUCUUAGAGGGUAACUUCUUGCUCUAACCAGCCACUUAGAGGAGACCAGUAAAGAUUCAGAUACAGAAAACAAAAGCAGGAAGAGAGACCCUAUUUGGGCUUUGCCAUCCAAGGAGGACUUAUUUCUCCUCCCGACCAAAAAGCAGAGCCACCGUGGAGAGAGACAGGAUGAGGCAGAGCACAGAGAGGAGCAGCCCAGCGUUGUGGCGGCAGGUAUUGUUGGCUUUCCUGCUGUCUUUGUUCCGCGGGGCUCUCCCGAAUCAAAUCCGGUAUUCAAUUCCGGAAGAGCUGGCCCAAAACUCAGUGGUAGGAAACCUCGCCAAGGAUCUGGGGCUCAGUGUCCAGGACUUGCCAGCCCGGAAGCUGUGGGUUAGCGCGGAGAAAGAAUAUUUCACUGUAAACCCUAAGAGUGGGGACUUACUUGUGAGUAACAGAAUAGACCGAGAGCAGAUAUGCGGAAAGAAGCCUCUGUGUAUUCUGGAUUUCGAUACUGUCGCUGAGAACCCACUAAAUAUUUUCCAUGUAGCAGUAAUAGUGCAGGAUAUAAAUGACAACACCCCGCUAUUCAAACAGAAUAAGAUUGAAUUAAAAAUUGUAGAAUCCACCAAGCCAGGUAAAACGUUUCCACUGGACCCGGCCCUGGAUUCAGAUGUUGGUCCAAAUUCACUGCAAAGAUACCAUCUUAAUGACAACGAGCACUUUGAUCUCACAGAGAAACAGACUGCAGAUGGACGUAAAUAUCCUGAGUUGGUUCUGAAACAUUCUUUAGACAGAGAAGAACAGAAUUUCCAUCAAUUGGUUCUAACAGCUGUGGACGGUGGGGACCCACCCCAAAGCGGCACAGCUCAGAUACAAAUCCAAGUGACUGAUGCUAACGAUAACCCCCCAGUGUUCAUCCAGGACAUAUACAAGGUCAGCUUGCAGGAAGGUGUGCCCCGAGGCUUUUCCGUGCUUCAAGUAACAGCUACUGACCAGGACGAGGGUGUCAAUGCAGAGAUCACCUACUCCUUUCAUAAUGUGGACGAACUAGUGGAACAGUUCUUUAACUUAGAUAAAAUAACAGGAGAAAUCACGACAAAGGAUGAUUUUGAUUUUGAAAUUGCUAAUAGUUACACUUUCAGUGUAGAAGCAAAAGAUCCUGGAGAUCUAGCGGCACACUGCAGUAUCCAAGUUGAAAUUGUUGAUGAGAAUGAUUGUGCACCUGAAGUGAUUAUCACUUCAGUGUUUACUCCCCUGCCAGAAGAUUCACCACCAGGAACAGUGAUUGCCUUAAUAAAAACAAGGGAUAGAGACUCUGGAGAAAAUGGAGAAGUUUACUGCCAAAUCUUUGGAAAGGCCGACUUUAUGCUGAAAUCUUACUCGAAGAACUAUUACAAGCUAGUGACACAUGGGCCUCUGGACCGGGAGGAGAUUCCAGAAUACAACAUCAUUGUAUUGGCCACCGACAGGGGAAAGCCGCCCCUCUCCUCCAGGACUAACAUCACUCUGCACAUCGCAGAUGUCAACGACAACACGCCAGUUUUCCAACAGCCUUUCUAUUUGGUUCACAUUGCCGAGAACAACCCUCCUGGAACCUCCAUCGCUCAAGUCAGUGCCUCCGACCCCGACCUGGGGCCCAACGGUUGCGUCUCCUACUCCAUCGUGGCCAGCGACCUGGAGCCACGGGCGCUGGAAUCCUAC